GUCCAUUCAAAUCUACUGAAGUGCUCGGAAGUGCCUGACCUGGCAAGCAGAGAGCUGCCACAGCAAGAAGAGCUUUCAUUCCACAGUGUGUGUUACUCGUGCGUGAACGUACACGUUUGCCCGAUUGUGCUCAGUAGUCGUUCAGAAUAGACAUUAGUCUUUGCAGCGGAAGGAUCUGUCGCGAAUUCACUGAAGUUAGAGCGAAGUGUCUACAUUCGGCAUAGCAUUUAUCGUAUCAACAAUCAACCCGACGUUCAACCAGGUGUCGGACUCAUCAUGCGCUACAUUUUGAUCGUUUUUGCGGCAACCGCCGUUUGCAUCUAUGCACAGAGCUUCAAGUGCCCGCCCAAGGAUGGUCAGUACGAGGAUGCGCUCCAGUGCGAUAAGUACUACGAAUGUAUUGAUGGCCGUGCCACCGAACGGCUAUGCCCAGAUGGUCUCGUCUUCGACCCUACCAUUCGCAAGAUUAACAAGUGCGAUCAACCCUUCAACGUGGACUGCGGAGACCGUGUAGAGCUGCAACCACCGCGUGGAAACAAUCUCUGCCCACGCCGUAAUGGUUUCUUCGCCCAUCCGGAUCCGGCGGUGUGCAACGUGUUCUACAACUGUAUUGAAGGAGAGGCUACCGAAAUUACCUGCACGGCUGGACUUCACUUUGACGAGUAUACGGGUACAUGCGUCUGGCCGAAUGAUGCCGGCCGUCAGGGCUGCAAUCCGGGCGCUAAUAAGAAACUGAAGGAUGGAUUCACCUGCCCGAAGGAACAGAAAACGGAUGAAGCUGGACAGGUUGUGGCCCACCCGAAGUAUGCGCAUCCGACCGAUUGCCAGCGGUUUUACGUCUGUCUGAACGGUGUGGAACCGCGCGAUCUUGGCUGUCAGGUCGGUGAGGUGUACAACGAGGAGACGGAGCGAUGUGAUGCACCUGAGAACGUUCCCGGAUGCGAGGAUUGGUACAAGGAGAGUGAUGAGAAGAAGAACUGAGCACACAUUUCUUUCACGUUAACUCCCCAUCCCUGUAAUCCCCAUCCUUCAGUAUCCCCAUCAAAACUAUCGUCCAAUGAAAUGAGAGACGGUGACUCCAUUUAAACCAAGAAUUUGCAGACUGAAGACACCUUCCCGGACGCCUUACAGAUGGAGUUCAAGGAAUGCAUACAUUCUUACAACAACAAAAAAACAAUAACAAAAAUAAGAAGAAGAUAGGAGCUCAAAAAGAAGUUAAUGCAAAAAAAAAUGGCGACGGUCGCAGACCGUUCGAUGCCGUUUGUCUGAAAGUGCUCGGGUAGUAGCGCACGCCAAUGAAAAGACUCAUUACGUUUGUACUUUUGUUUUAAAAUAUGUUAACAAACCCCCCUUACUGUACGAUCUGUACGUUUUUUUCUCAAUUAUUAUUGAGCAAUAAAAAAUAAAACAAGUGACACAAAAAUAAAUACAAAAAAAAACA